CAUUAAGCAUGACGAGCCAAGAUCAAUGACUCAAAGAAGAAACCUUUCCCGUGAACAUGGAACUAAGUUUUCCUCUUGGACUCUUUAACUAGACGGUAGCUCCAUGCCGGUGUCUCCAAUGAGGUGUUGGUCGCUGUCCGUCACCUCUGUGGUGCUGAAAUUUGGAUGAUGUCUAUCAGGAGACCCAAGGGCUGUUGCUGCGUGUCGCAUUUCAAUGAGGACAAUGGCAGGUUCGUCCUCUUAGCAGUGCUCAUUGUGGCAUACCUGACCGCUGGAGCCACUAUUUUCUCAGUCAUUGAGAGCCCGUCUGAAGCAGAAGCGCAGCAUCGUUGGAACUGGACCCUACAGAACUUCAGCCAAAUCUUCAAUAUUAGCCUCCCUGAGCUAAGGGCCUUCCUACGAAGUUAUGAAGCAGCCAUGGCAGCGGGCAUCAGGGCAGAUGCCCUCCGGCCAAGAUGGGACUUCACAGGGGCUUUCUAUUUUGUGGGCACAGUAGUGUCGACUAUAGGUUUUGGGAUGUCCACCCCAGCGACAGUAGCUGGAAAAGCCUUCCUUAUAGUUUAUGGUCUCUUUGGGUGUGCCGGGACUAUUCUCUUCUUCAAUCUCUUCCUGGAACGGAUCAUCUCACUUCUGGCCUUGGUCAUGAAAGCUUGCCAUGAGAGACAGCUGCGGAGAAGCGGUCUUCUACCUCCAACCUGCCGAAGGGGCUCUGCCAUCUCUGAUGCGGACAGCCUGAUUGGGUGGAAGCCAUCAGUCUAUCAUGUGAUGCUGAUUCUGGGAAUCUUGGCCAUUAUUAUCUCUUGCUGUGCCUCGGCCAUGUACACAGCCGUGGAAGGGUGGAAUUAUAUUGACUCCUUGUACUACUGCUUUGUCACCUUCAGCACCAUUGGAUUUGGCGAUCUGGUGAGCAGUCAAAACGCUGUGUACCGAAAUCAGGGAUUGUACAGAUUUGGGAACUUCAUGUUUAUAUUAAUGGGGGUAUGCUGCAUAUACUCUCUUUUUAAUGUCAUCUCGAUUGUAAUCAAGCAGGUUUUAAACUGGAUGCUAAGAAAGUUUCGAUGCAGGUGUUGCCCUGAUUGCCAUAAGCCAACUGCUCGCCUUGGGCGGCGCAAUGCCAUCACGCCGGGAUCCCGCUUCCGCCGGCACAACAUCUCUGUGGAAACCGACGGACAGUAUGACAGUGACACAGAAGGGAGAAGGCUGUCGGGGGAAAUGAUCUCCAUGAGGGAUCUCACCGCCUCCAACAAAGUCUCUCUGGCGCUUCUGCAAAAGCAAUUAUCUGAGACAGCCAAUGGCUACCCUAGGAAUGUCUGUAUAAACACUAGACAAAAUGGCUUUUCGGGAGGUGUGGGUGCUCUAGCCAUCAUGAAUAACAGACUGGCAGAGACAAGCGAUUCUAGGUAGAAAUUUUGAAAUU